ACUUACUCCAAACGCUCACUGGUUCUUAAAUUGUUUUGUUAAUAUCUGUGAAAAUCUGAAAAUCAACCCUUCCCUUGAGCUUUUCCUCCAUAUGUACGAAGUCUUGCCCGGGACUAGUAACUGCCCGGGCUUCGUCUAUUUUCAUUCUCGUAAUAAGAGAUCUUUUGUGACCGGACAUGAACUUCAACAGGAUGACACCAUCAUCGAGGAUGACGACGAUGAUGUCCAAGUCCUCCACUCCAACCGGUCUCCUCUCUCCAAGCCUCCUUCUCCUCCUCACUUCCCUGAAAUGGAUGGGGCCACAAGUGCCCGGUGUAACCCUAUCCAUGAACAGAGCCAGAAGCUGAAAUCUCCUCCAGCCACCCAUCUCUCUGAAAGUGACCGGGUCCCUUCUCCUAAGAAGGAUGUCAAGGCCAAAGGAAACGGGACCGGUCAUUCUUCCUCUCAGAAAAGGAAGGGUUCCCACAAGACUUCCAGGGGGAAAGGAGGAAGAAGGCUAGAUAUAUCUGAAGAAGUUGGCCGGUCAAUCGUUGAACCAAAGGACCAGGUUUCCGAGCUCACCCUCCUCCUUGACUCCUCUAAGUUAGAGAUCAAUGACCGGGUUGAGAGGGAGAAGAAGCUGGAAGAAGAGCUGAUCGCUGAAAGGGACAGGUUAGAGGAGGAAAUGGCCAAGUUGGUGGAGGCGGAGAGGAAGGUGGCAGAGCUGGAAGAUGCUUUGGCCCAAGCUGAAGAGACUGCCCGGUCAAAAGAGGAGACCUUUCCUGAUGAUGCUGUGAUUUGGGCCACCUGCCAUCACACUGAAGUUUCCCGGUCCAUUCUCACCAAUCCGGAGGACACCAUGGAUUUUUUCAAAGUCAUGUAUAAGGAACCGGAAGGGAAGAGAAUGAUAACAGAUGUCGGGUCCUAUGGGUUUCAGUGUGGCCAAAAGGAAGAUAGAUCUCUUCUCUAUGCCAGACUCCAGAGGAAGGACCCUUCUUUCGACCCGGCCAAGUUGAAGCUUCCAGCCCUAUACAAGGAAGAGCCAGCUUCCCCCUUUCUCCUUGAGUAGGUUAGGGUAUGUUUUCAAACACUAAAUUUUCCCAAGGCCUGGGGGAUGUCCGGCCUACUUUUGAUUUGUAUGAAACUUAAAUCCUCUUGGCAUGCCUUUAUCUUUUACCGGUCGAUCUGCUUCAAUUUGCAUGGUUGAACUCCUUUUCUAUGCAUGGUUAUUGUUUCUUGCAUGAUUGCUUUUCUUUUCUUUUUCUUGAUCGCCUUUGAAUGAACUUCCAAGCCAAUAAAACUAACCGGCCUUA